AUGGAUUCUAAAAUGGUGCUUGACCUUUUGGUGUCGCUGGACGACGACACGCUGCAUUUCAUUAUCGGCGAGCUGAUGCAGAGCAAGCCGGAGCUGGCACCUGGCCUUGUGACCUUCGCUUGCCCAGAGCUAACAUAUGCACCAGCCAAAGCCGUGACGCAAAGGAGAUGUAAUGGCGUCGUGUUGACAGUUAGCAAAAAUGACAUGAGUUUCAUUCGUUGUCCCGAACUUCGGCAAGUUUUUGAAUGCGAUGUAUGUGUGGCACCUGAGCACAUAGCCGGCUUUAGAGAGGGCCAGUGUGUCAGCUUUGCUGUAACGCUUAAUGAUUCGUCCGAGCCCCAAGCAAUCGACUUGCAGACCGACCCGCCUACUCCUCCAAGCUUCAUGUCCAGAUCCAUGGGAGAGCCUGGGAUGAUCACCUCGACAGCCGCGACAGCCGCGAGUCCCAUGAUGGCAACGGCCAAUGCGAGUGCCAAUGCCAGCUCGAUCCCCGCAGCAGGCGCAGGUGUCGUGGUGCCGAGGAGGGUCUACAGCACCAAGGGGGGAACCGUCAGGAUGGAGGAGUUUUCGGGUCCGGCCAAAGAUGCCCCCGGAGCCCCCAUGGAUGCCAAGGGCAUGGACGCUGCGGCGGCGAAUCUGGCCAAAGGCAAUGUAGAGGAGCUAGGUGAGUAUUUUGGCUUUGUGAAGGCCUAUGAUGCACAGAAGGGCUUCGGCUUCAUCAUGUGCAAGCCUCUGAAGGAUUACUACUACAGCGACGUCUACGUUCACGGAGAUGGCUGUGCAGGUUUCCAAGUGGGUUCUGAGGUGAAGUUCGAGGCGUAUUUGUACAACGGGAAGUUGCAAGGACGCGAAGUCCAAGAUGCGACCGGUCAGGUGGGGUCUGCCGGAGGUCUCCCCGAAGAGCUGGGAAUUUUCAUCGGAGAGUUCAAGUGUUUCAAUUUCGAGCGUGGCUUCGGAUUUAUCAGCUGUGACCAGCUGCGGGUGCAAGGAUACCCAGGAGACGUGUUUAUACAUCAUUCUCAGAGAGGUGAAUUUCAACCUGGCGACACGGUUGCGUUCACUGCAGUGUCAAUGGAAGACGGCAGGCUUUUAGCAAAAGAUCUCCAGGAUCCGCAAACAGCAUUGGCCGGCGACGUCGAAAAGGGCAUGGCCGUCCUUGACCACAUGCAGGUCAUGCAGCAGCUCCCCGAGCCCAAACAGAAAAAAGUGAGCUUGUACUAG